AUGCGCGGCUUACUCAACUUGGCGACCUUGUUCCUGGCCUCCGUGCCGACCGUCUUCGGUGCGAACUCAGCAGGAUGCGGAAAAGCUAAGACCCUCACCAGCAAGCAAUACUCGAUGCAAGUAAAUGGAAAGAAUCGGAACUACUUUCUCAACAUCCCGGACAACUACAACCAGAACAACCCAUACCGUCUCAUCUUUACCUGGCACCAGCUGGGCGGCAGCGCUCAGAAGAUCGUGAAUGGAGAAGACCCCAACAAGGGCGGUGUCCUCCCUUUCUACGGCCUCAAAGCUAUUGCCAACAACAGCGCCAUUUUUGUUGUGCCAGAUGGCCUCAACGCAGGCUGGGGCAACCAAGGCGGCGAAGACGUCACGUUCUUCGACCAGCUCGUCAAGACCGUCGAGGCCGACCUUUGCAUCAACACCGAUCUUCGCUUCUCCACAGGUUUCAGCUACGGCGGAGCCAUGUCGUACGCACUUGCGUGCGCGCGGCCCGAGAUGAUUCGCGCCGUCGCUGUCAUAUCUGGUGCACAGUUGAGCGGCUGCUCCGGCGGCUCAAAGCCCGUCGCGUACUAUGGCCAGCACGGCACGUCCGAUUCGGUGCUCAACGUCUCACAGGGCCGCCAGUUGCGGGACAAGUUCGUGGCGAACAACGGCUGCCAGAAGCCCGCGUCGGAGCCACAGCCGAAUGGGGGUAACUCUGUCAAGACCGUGUACCAGGGCUGCAAGUCGGAGUAUCCGUUGACGUGGGUCAUUCACAAUGGGGAUCACAAUCCGUCGCAGGUCAACUCGGGAUCGAGCACGCCGUUUGCACCUGGCAAUUCGUGGGAGUUCUUUACGCAGUUUAAGUAG